AUGCUGGUACUAUUUGAAACGCCGGCGGGUUUCGCUCUUUUCAAAGUUCUCAAUGAAGGAAAGCUUUCUGAAGUUCAGGAUUUAUCUCUGGAUUUUUCCACUGCUGAUGCUGCAAGAAAGGUGGUCAAGUUGAAAGCGUUUUCUAAGUUUGAGAAUACAGCAGAAGCUCUAGAAGCAGCUAGUUGUUUGAUUGAUGGAAAAACUAGCAAGGGUCUACGCAAGUUCCUGCGUGCUCAUUGUGAUAAUGAGAUAUUAGCUGUAGCUGAUUCAAAGCUGGGGAAUAUCAUUAAGGAAAAAUUGAAAAUCGACUGUGUUCACAACAAUGCUGUUAUGGAGCUAAUGCGAGGUGUUCGAUAUCAGUUGACAGAACUCAUAUCAGGUCUUGCUGUUCAAGACAUGGCUCCGAUGAGCUUGGGUUUGUCGCAUAGUCUAUCAAGAUACAAACUGAAGUUUAGUGCAGACAAGGUGGACACCAUGAUCGUCCAGGCUAUUGGUUUACUUGAUGAUCUUGAUAAAGAGUUGAAUACAUAUGCCAUGAGGGUUCGGGAAUGGUAUGGUUGGCAUUUUCCAGAACUUACCAAAAUCAUUCAGGAUAACAUCCAAUAUGCAAGGUCUGUCAAGCUGAUGGGUGAUCGCAUUAAUGCUGCAAAGCUUGAUUUCUCUGAGAUUUUGACAGAGGAAGUUGAGGCAGAAGUGAAAGAAGCAGCUGUGAUAUCUAUGGGAACUGAAAUCGGUGAACUAGAUUUGUCAAAUAUUAGAGAGCUAUGUGAUCAGGUUCUGUCUCUUUCGGAAUACAGAGCUCAGCUCUAUGAUUAUCUAAAGAGUAGGAUGAGCACCAUUGCACCCAAUUUGACUGCUAUGGUUGGGGAGCUUGUUGGUGCUCGCCUCAUUGCUCAUGGGGGUAGCUUAAUUAAUCUUGCAAAGCAGCCUGGUAGUACCGUACAGAUUCUUGGUGCUGAGAAGGCUCUCUUUAGGGCACUGAAGACUAAACACGCUACUCCCAAAUACGGUCUUAUAUACCAUGCAUCCUUAAUUGGUCAAGCAGCUCCAAAGUUCAAGGGGAAGAUUUCUCGGUCACUUGCUGCAAAGACGGCAUUGGCUAUCAGGUAUGAUGCACUUGGAGAUGGCGAAGACAGCACCAUGGGAUUGGAGAACAGAGCCAAGCUGGAAGCACGAUUGAGGAACCUCGAAGGCAAAGAAUUAGGUCGAUUUGGAGGUUCUGCUAAAGGGAAGCCCAAGAUAGAGGCCUAUGAUAAGGAUAAAAAGAAAGGAGCUGGAGGACUGAUAACUCCCGCCAAGACAUAUAAUACUGCAGCUGAUUCUGUUUUCGAUCAAAAGUCUAAUUCUGCAAUGGAUGAAGACACACCAGAACCUACCACAGCUGAGAAAAAGAAAGAAAAGAAGGGGAAGAAAGAAAAGAAGAAUAAGAAAGAAAAGAAGAAAAAGGAAGAAGUUGAUGCAACUUCGCCAGCUGAUGUAGAUGGUGGUGAGGAGCCAGAACAUGAAGUUGUGAAGAAAGAGAAGAAGAAGAAAAGGAAGGAAUCCACUGAGAACAUUGAGACGCAGAAUGGAGACACAAAUUUGAAUGAAGGAGAAAAGAAGAAAAAGAGGAAAAAACACGCAGAGCAGGAAGAUUCGGCUGAUGUACCAAGUAAGAAGAACAAAAAAAAGAAGAAAAAUGACGACUAG